AUGGAGGCAGCUUUGCAACACGAAGAAUCUGGAGUCGACUGCCUUCUCCUGGUUCUGUUGGACGUCAACUGCAAGGCCAUAAAUUUGCAGAAGAAGAAGCGAAGUAGCGAGCGGAAGCCCCGCAAGCUGGGCGAGGUGCUUGCACGGGAUGGCUCAUGGCAGAAGACGGAGGUCCACGAAGAGGCCCGUGGCGAGGAGAGUUGGCUUGAAGAUGUGGCAAGGGACACAGAGAUGAAUUGUUAUGAUUGUGUGUUAUGUAGCAUGAAGUGUGCGAAGAUCACAGAUGUGAAGCAAAGACGAGUCAGUGUAGCUGUGAAGCGACGUGCCUGCAGGAGGCAAUUGCGGGGCUGUGCAUGGGUCAUGGAGUGCACAAGGAGCUGGGAUGUGCUGGGACUAGCUAGUAGGCUCAAGGUUUACAAGCGGGUUCACCUCGAUUUGCAGGCAAAAAUGCCUUGCCCAUCCGCGUUAAAGUACGCAUGGGCCCUGAUGGUUCUCCUGGCUGUUCCAGAAGCUGCGGAGGAUGACUGUGACUCCCUUCUGUCCGUUCAAUCCCCUCGCAAGUCCACCAGUGGAAGAAUUCAGUACACCACGGACGGACUUUGCAUCCCAGACAAGGACAAGAAAGUGGAAAGGUGGAAUGUGUCAGACGUCGCAGUACGGGACAACCACUUGGACUUCCUUGGGUUCAAAGGUGCAACCUUGGACGGGGUCAAGUUCCAUCCAAUUUGGUGGAGCAUCACUCCGGGCCAACCAAUGGAAGAGCGCUGUGUCAUCGACGACGAGAGUGACAAACCCAACAGGGUAAAGGUUCUUUGUGGUAGACACUCAUCCGAGAUGGUUGCCACAGAUUUCCAUGCGGGUACCAGCUCCAAAGACGAAUUCCUGAGCCUCCAAAAAAAAAAGAAGACGUUUGAGAAAUUGAACUUCGCCCUAGAAGGCAUCAUGACCUUCAAGUUCAAGCAGGGGGAGUACUGGUGGCUGAAUAAAAGGGUCCGGAUGCGCAUUGCGCAGGGCAACUGGAGGCCGACUGCUUCUGUGUUUGAAGAACACCCUUGGAACAUCUAUGUGAUGGGCGGAGGCUGCGAAGAUGUGAAGAUUGACGCCUACCGCGUAGAGCAUGAGCUUCAAUGCAAGGACGUGGGGCUGGCCUUGCGCAGAAGGGGAAACCAUGAAAUCGGGGUUUCGCUGUAUCCGUAUCCCGAUUGA